CCCUGCUUCUAUACAAAACCAACUUCCUUCUUCCUCAUCUCCUUCAUCCAAAAGAAAGAAGGGGAAAAUUUUCUCUACCCGCCUCUCCUCUCUCGUUCGAUAUGUUUCUAAUUUGAUCAAAAGUGAAAGAAAAAUUCGAAAAUUCGGAGAAAACUCGGAAUUAUUCGAUCGGAGGGGAAGACGGGGAGAUUAGGAACCUUCUUCAUUCACAAUUGUAUAUACUUAGAACUUGUUCUGGAAAUUCUGAGAUUAAGGGCUUGUUAUUAGGUUUCAUUAGGAGUAUUUACAGAUUUCUGAAAGUCGGGUCGAAGAAAUUUGUGUUCUGCUGGGAUUUGUUUGAUGGGUUUUUUGGUGGAUACGCAAAAGGAAGGAGGAGGCCAUUCAUGGGGUUGCGUCAGGAGCCUCGUGAGGAGGAAACAGGUCGACUCUGCUCGCGCCAAAGCUGAGGGUCAUCAUCAAUUGGCUAAGGCCUUGACAGUUCCUCACUUGAUUGCAAUCGGUGUUGGAGCAACAAUUGGAGCCGGAGUCUAUAUUCUUGUCGGAACAGUGGCAAGAGAGCACUCAGGACCGGCUCUCACAUUUUCGUUUCUGAUAGCCGGGAUUGCUGCAGCUCUCUCUGCCUUUUGCUAUGCCGAGCUCUCUAGCCGUUGCCCCUCGGCGGGCAGUGCUUAUCACUACUCUUACAUUUGUGUCGGUGAAGGGUAUGCUUACUUCU